GUGCGCCACUAUCUUAACACUGACUUGCAACAAACUGCUCAGCAGAUAUUCUUCAACUUCAGUCACGGACAAAACUACCAACGUUUGUCAACUACUCGAAUUUGUGAUCCUCUGAAUUAGUAAACAACAUCAUCAAAACCAACGGAUUCAAACUUGUAUUAACCUUGGUAUGGACAGCCAAGUGUGUGCAGAUGGUAAACUGUUAGAAUUGAUCGACGACGUCUGGCGUAAAGAACAGCUGCCAAUUGAUGACAUUACAGUUCCACUAGCCGAAUUGCCAGACCCAGAAAGUGACAAUGGCGACUCACAUAUGACUCUAAAAGAAUUGGAACAAAAAUGGAACAAUCUAGCUCUGAGUACACUCAGUGAAAACCAUUUGCACUCUCCUACUACAGCACAUAAUUAAAGUACUUGUGAAUACGAUUGAAUUUAUUGAAACUCUGAAAUCAAUUCUAAAUGAAAAUACCGAAUAACACACUGAUAUCUGCUGUACGAGUUUUUCCAAUGACAAUACAAUAUGGAGUUUCCAACUUUGGGAAGUCAAUGCUCGGUCACGA